UACCUUGCGGCAGUAAGCACAACACUACCCACCGAGAAGCCUCUCUCACGCCUCCUGUGGUCAGUCUGCGUAUUACUUUAGCAGUGCAGAAUGUUAUGAUAAAUCUUUUUACUUCGGGCACUGCAGACGAAACAACACUAAUGAGACAGGAAUCUCUCACCGCAGUGACAAGGACAGCGAGUACCCACUGGAAAAGAACAAUACGCAACCUCAAUGGCGUUGAUUAACGAGAACGGUGAACUAUUUGGUUUGCAGGAAACAAUGGAACUCAAAGAAAUAAACACAAUUGCAUUUGCUCCAGGAGUUACAUCUCAUUUUGCAGUAUCAUGGUCCGAAGAUAAUAAAAUGUCUCUUGUGACAUCUAAAGGAAUUCAUAUAUUUGAAUUUAUUCCCAACCCGAGAAAUUCAAAAUGCUGGUUGAGUUCAAGAAGAUUUUGGCUGAAAAUUCCAGACAUCAGGCCAACAAGAGAAUCUGGAGUGGACACAAACAAGCUUGUCUGGAAAGUGCCACAACCCUGUGUGUAUGAAAUGAUUAUGGAUGCUAACUUGACUCCGGACCUCGUAUACACUAAGCCAUUACCACCACAUGUCAUUCAAGCUUCGUGGAGCCCAGCUGGUAUGCUCAGACAUCAAAGGUGCCUGCUGGCAGUGGUUCUGAACACAGGAGCAAUUCUGCUGUUUGGCCCACGUACUUGGAAAUGGUUGGUAGUGUGCAACUUGUCAGAAAUUUGGUUAAAGCAUUGCAGAGAGCUUUGGGAAGAAAUGGAGCCAGCUGAGACAGUUGCAGAACAAUAUGAGCAGCUUAAGAGGAGGACAGCAUCCUUAAAAAUGAAUAUGAUUAGCUGGGGCCAGUUGAAACAAGACUCAUGCAGAUUUGCUGUAACUCAUACUGAUGCAAGUAUAUCAGUAUGGGAAAUACCAGUGAUGAAUGAGGCACAGUGGGAUGCAGCAAGUGUUCAGUUAAUUAGAGUUGUGGACACAAAGAUGAGCAUCCCAUCUGCACUACUCUGUCUGUCCAUUGGCACGGUAGUUGGUGAUUUGGAUGGUCACAUUUCAGUCCUGCCAGACGUUUUUAAAGAUGUACCAGCAGAAACUGCAAUGCCUUAUGUACUUUGGGAUGAAGAAGACCACAUUAAGGUUAAUGCCAUAAGCUCACUUCCACAGUCAUCGGAAUGUGAAUCCGCUGGCAAGUGGAUCAUACUUGCAGUGAAAAAAACAUUUAUGAUUGUCUUUGUAUUGAAUAAGAAUGGCCAAAAGAUCUCUGAAUAUCUUCACCGAGUGGGUGGCCUUGCAAUUUCUGGUUUAGUACCAAUAAGUGCAGAAGGAGUGGUAGUGACAUCACACACGGGCGUUGUGUGUAAGCUCAACAUCAAGGUGAAUGAAAGUGAAGAUAUAAUUGUUGAAUCUGAAAAUAUUGUAACAAAUUUCAAAACGAAAGAUGUUGCUUUCUACGGAAUAGCAUGCAGCAGAAACCAAGCAGUAUGGGCAAUAGUUACAAGUAUAUGCAAGUUAUAUGACCAUCUUGUCCUUCGGAAACCUGGACAAGUAAUAUUUUGCUCAUAUAUACCUGAAGAUAAUUUAAGUUCCUGUCUUGCAAACAAUGCAGCUAAACCACUUAUAGACACUGGAGAAUACUUGGAAUUAAUAAGAAUGAACUGUUUAAAGAACAAGGCAGUCCCACUGCUUCAGAACCUUCCGUGUGCAACAAAACCAUUUCCUUGGGACAUUCCUAGGCUGCGAGUGGAAUUCUGGCUGGCACAUACAAAGCUGGUUCUGCUUCCUAAUAGUGGAGAAGAAGACAAGGAACAGCAAAUGAAACUUACUCAGAAAUACAUAACAGAGCUAGAACAGCUGCUCCAGGUGCUGCAUGCUAUCACUGCCCUAAAAAGUCUGAAGAUUACUGCAAGAGAAAAGCCAUUGAACAUGCAUGAACAAAUAUCUGCACAUCUCAUGGACACCUGGCUAAGAAUAUAUGUAUCAGCAGCUUCUGAUUCUAUUGCAGAUCUUAUUAAUGAAGCACUCGCGGAUCCACUACCAGUUACUAAUGAAGUUCCAGAAGAGAAAUGUGCAAUAUGCAAUCAAGAUAUCCUUUAA